CAUUUUGCAGGAGUGUUAAGUGAUAAAUUGCCUCUCUUUCUGGGUUCUUGUGUUGCACCAAACGAGCGGCGUAUUAAGUCAAAGCAUGAGGCAGUUUAGAAGAAAUAAGGUUUUCAGACGUGAUAGAAGAUGGACAUAAAAGAUCACCUCCUGCCCUUCACUUAACUCUGUCUCUGACCCUUGAGAACAACAGAAAAGCAAACUGGGAGAGUUCCCAAGAGACCAGCCGAGCGCACAGAUCACAGCGCCGGCCUGCGCGCAAUGAGCUCCAGUGCGUUCUGAGAAACGCCAUGUGCUGCGCCAAUCUGAGCCCAGGAUCAAUUAGCUAUCGGCUGAUAGCAGGUUUUCUCAUUGCCAACGUUGUUCUCAGCCUGCACGGCCUUUGAUCUUCUCAGCAGCUACAAGCGCAGACGAGCCGAUGUCUUCUUCAGAUGUGCCCAAGCCAAACCCCGACGGCCAUUCAGAGGCAGCACGCAGCGGUGUUUUCUUAGGUGCGCACGGUUCUCAGAGACGGGGGCUCGCCAAACGUUUCGACACAUUGUGAGAAAUAUCCGCAUUGUAUCCUUGUGAGCUGUCAACAACAUCAUUACCCAAAAUCGUCGGGGUCGCGGUGCAAAAGCAGCCUUCAGUCUAACAGUCUGCAUACAGAAAGACGAUUCGGCUUGUUUGCAACACCGCAGAAGCUCGCUAGAAAAGCACAUUUAAAGGACGUAUCAAUAGAUUAAAUAAUACGUAACGCAUCGUGAGGUGGUUUAAUCUGCACUCUAAACGUGUAAUGUCCAGUCCGUUUUUUCCUCUUAUUUUGAUUCUGUUAAAAAAGAAACAAAUUAAAGCGAGACGUCUGCACUUUAAAGCAGUUUGAAUUAUUGUUUGAAUUAUUUGAUUUCCUCAUUGCCUAAAGCCCCUUCCUUCCCUUCCUUCAGUCUUCAUCGUCAAUAAAAACUACUGCACCCCAAACGCCAUCUGUUGUGUGCUGGAUUGAAGUACUUGACUUGUGUCAAUAACUUUUAAUGGUUAAAAUUUGGUCCUUGGAGGCAAAAUGGUGCAGGGAAUUGCACAGUGGUGUUAAUUGUGUAAUUACUGUUUUAAUGAGUGGGAUGACCUCAUUCACAGCACCUUCAGUGAUGAGCUCGGGGUGUUUAGAGGGGCCUUACCACUGUAAUGUGAAUUCACAGGGCUUGAAAUGUUACACCUUCCUUUGCAGCUGGGCUGCAUCUGCAACGCUGUUGUCUCCACCGUAAAAAUUGGCCUGCAUACUCUUACAAGUGGUCACCCUCUUUUUCUGCACAGUUUGACUAAACAAAACACACUCUCUUUCAUAUUUAUGUCUUCAUAGCUGAGCGUCACUUUUAUCGUCAGCUAUGACACGACGCCUGGAGGCCGCUUACGGAUAAAUCAGGCGAAAUGAAGCACUAUCUGACUAUUUAAAAACAGGUCACGCGGUGGUUAAAGCUGCAAAUGUUCCCCCACACUCCUGAAACAUUCCCAGGGAUUGUAUUCAUUAUGGCCUUGCAGGACAAGAGCCCUUGGAAGGAGAGAGUGGUGAUGAGUAGGAAAACACCAGUAAGUGCAGAUGUGGGAAACUCCACAGGGUACUGGGGGGUGAGAGGCAGCGGGUUGGGAUGGGGCAGGGAGGGAGCUGAGCUAACACCAGCCUGUUUUCUGGCUGGGCCAAUGGGCCAUGGUAAUUAGAUCUGGCCAAUGUGGGCCCUAGGCUCUGGCCUGGGGGCAUAUAAGGGGGGCCCGGGGCAACAGACCCCUCAUAUCACUCAGAGGUCUCCUCUCUCUCACCCCACUCCUCUACCCUCCUUCCUUCCUUUGCACCCAUCUCUCCAUCCAUUCAUACUCCUGUCUCCAUUUGGCCAUGGAUGUCUUCCCACCAUCCCAGGUCUACUAUGACAGUGCGUGCGCUUCAUCUCCAGACAGCCUGGAGUUUGGCCCUGGCGUGGAGCUCGCCGGCUCCGAGGAGGACGAGCAUGUCAGGGUCCCCGGAGCCCCUCACCAGCCAGGACACUGUCUCCAGUGGGCCUGCAAGGCCUGCAAGCGCAAGUCCAACUUUGUGGACCGCAGACGGGCUGCCACCAUGCGCGAGCGCCGGCGGCUGAAGAAGGUGAACCACGCUUUCGAGGCUUUGAGACGCUGUACCUCGGCCAACCCCAGCCAGCGUCUGCCCAAGGUGGAGAUCCUGCGCAACGCCAUCCAGUACAUCGAGAGCCUGCAGGAGCUGCUUCGAGAGCAGGUGGAAAACUACUACGGCCUACCUGGGGAGAGCAGCUCGGAGCCCGGGAGCCCGCUGUCCAGCUGCUCUGACGGCAUGGCUGACAGCAACAGUCCAGUGUGGCAACAGCUGAAUGCGAACUACAGCAACAGUUAUUCAUAUGCCAAAAACGAGAGUUUGGCCGACAAGACAGCCGGAGCAUCAAGUCUGCAGUGUCUGUCCAGCAUCGUGGACCGCCUGUCCCAGGUGGAGUCCGACUGCGGGCCGGCGGCUCUGAGAGACACGGCCACCUUCUCCCCCGGCAGCUCCGACUCUCAGCCCUGCACGCCGGAGAGCCCUGGAUCCAGGCCUGUGUACCACGUCCUGUGAGGGGAACCUUGGCUCAGACGGGCGUCCUGCUUAUACUGAACACCAGCUGCGUUUGCAACAAGAGAUAAGAACUACUUUUGUGCAAGUCUGAAGGAGACUCAGCUGUAACUGAGGACCUGUGGCCAGCGGCUUUCACGUUGUACAUGAGACUGUAAAUAUGUAAUGUAAAUUCUCAUUUAUUCUAGACAUGCUAUUAUACCCAGUGAGACAUAUUUAAUUAUGACAGUUAAUGUAAUGUUGCUUUAGUCCAACAUGAGGUGGUAUUUAAGCAGUUUUCAUUUCUUACUUUCCGUGUUGUCAUGAACAUUAAAUCCUUCUCUGUUUU